AUGUCUUCCUCAUUACACGCUCCAUUUGAGGCUGACUACGUGAUCGUCGGCGGAGGAACAUCAGGCCUCGUACUCGCCUCUCGAUUGUCCGAGAAUGACUCCACUCGGUCAGUGAUUGUCCUUGAAGCCGGGAAAAACCUCAUCGAUGACCCUCGGGUCCAAACACCAGCUCUUUGGACAACCCUGAUGGGGUCUGAAGCAGACUGGCAGUUUCUGUCAACUCCUCAGGCUGCACUCAAUAACCGAGUCAUCAAGGAACCACAAGGCAAGGUUCUCGGAGGCUCAUCAGGCAUCAAUGGACAGGCCUUUAUUGCGCCCACGAAAGCGGGAAUCGAUGCAUGGAACAAAUUAGGUGCGACUGGUUGGACAUGGGAAAAUCUUUCUCCUUACUAUAAGAAGGCUACUACGCUGCAGCUGCCGGACGAGGCUACCCGCAAUCAUAUUGGGGUCGGCUGGGUUGAUCCUGAGGCCAACGGCAACUCAGGUCCGAUCAAGGUCUCUUUUCCGGCUGUGAAGGAAAGUCCCAUGGCCAAAGCCUGGGUAGAAGCUUUCCAGGGAAUGGGGUAUGGCUGUACAGCAGAUCCGUUCUCGGGUGUCUCCACUGGCGGCUACUCCAACCUGGCAUCCGUUGACUACGAGAAGAAGCAGCGGAGUUACGCCGCGACGGGAUACGGUCUGCCAGCUAUGGGUAGGCAAAAUGUCAAGAUCCUCACUGAAGCUACUGUCCAGAAGAUUCUUUUUUCUACUAGCGAUAACGGUGCCAUGGCAGUUGGAGCAGAAGCCAAAAUCGAGGGACAAACUGUCACUGUCAAGGCUAGGAGAGAAGUCAUUCUUACCGCCGGAGCCGUUAAUACCCCAAAGCUCCUGGAACUAUCGGGCAUCGGGGACAAGGAGAGACUCGAACAGCUUUCCAUACCUGUCAUCGUGGAAAACUCAAACGUGGGAGAGAACCUCCAAGAUCAUCUCAUGACCGGGAUCAGUUUCGAAGUGAAGUCAGGGAUUGCUACUGGGGACCCGCUGCUACGACAAGAGCCCGAAGCAAUCCAAACUGCCUUCCAACUCUACUCUGAGCAAAAGACAGGACCUAUGACCAUCGGAGGCAUCCAAUCCUCCGCAUAUAUGCCACUGACGGACUACUCAGGGCAGCCCGAAGCCCGAGAGGCUUAUCUCGACAGUUUCCCACCCGUCGCCAACGAGCGCGACCAAGUCAUCCGCGACAUUUACACGCAAGAACAUGAACCAACCUGUCAGAUGUUCAUGUUCCUCGCCCAGGCAAAUCUACACGAAUCCGGGAAGAGCUUUGUGGGACAGAAUCUCCUACCCGGAAAUUUUCUGAGUCUGGGAAUCACCCAGAAUCUACCUUUCUCGCGCGGAGCUGUCCAUAUCGCGUCAGCAGAUCCAACGGUGCCACCAAUCAUUGACCCUCGCUACUUUUCCCAUCCGCUGGAUCUGGAUUUAAUGGCGCGAAACCUGUUAAGUGUUGAGCGACUUCACAACGUCAAACCUAUCGCAGAUUACUUAGUGGAGAGCGGACAGCGAAAUCAUCUGGAAGCGUUUCUGACGGAUCUGGAAUCGGCAAAGAAGUAUCUGCGGGAUACUGCUACUACGAGUUACCACUUAUCUGGUACAGCGGCUAUGCUCCCACAGGAAAAAGGAGGUGUGGUGGAUGAGAACCUCCGGGUGUAUGGGACUACGAAUCUGCGGGUGUGUGAUGCGAGUAUUUUCCCUCUUAUUCCCGCUGCGAAUCCUAUGUCGACUGUGUAUGCGGUGGCGGAGAGAGCGGCGGAUAUUAUCAAGGCUGAGCAGUAG